CCGAAUCAUGUAGGUUAAGGUGGCGUAGAACAUCCGAAUGGCUGCAACCUUGCCGGCUCGCAGAAAUAAGGUGCUAGCUAGCUAAUAAAAAUUACUCAACUGACUGUUACAGCGACGGAAGCAGUGCUUGCAUUGUAUUGUGAGAAAUCUAACUAGGGUAAGCUAACUAGCGAACGUAUGUGAACGUGGAAGCAGCGGGAAAACAAGGAGUUUAACAGUCUAGGGUUGGCAGGGUUAUUAGGACGCACCCACAACUAGCCAGCUCGCCAUGUAGCUAGCUGAAGAGACCUGUUGGAAUUGUUAGUGCUAACUAGCUAACCAGGCAAACCUUUAACAUGCCACCCAUGAUACUGUAAAGCUUUGUGUACUUACAAUUGCGUAGUUACAGUAGUUUAUAAAUAUAGCUAACAUAAUUUCUAAAAUAUAACGUUAACCAGUGUCUCCUAGCUAGGUUGGCUAACGCUAACCUGUAGCUGUAGCCAGACAUGUCCGUUGUGACAGUGCAAUUAGGCCAGUGUGGCAAUCAAAUAGGUCAAGAAAUGUUCAGCACCAUACAUGAUGAUUCUGUUGGAGCCGGUCAAAAAAUGUACAAGGAAUGCAGCGAAGAGAGAUUCUUUCGUGUGAAUGCAGCUGGAGCGCUGGUGGCGCGGGCUGUUCUUGUUGACAUGGAACCUAAAGUUAUUUCUCGAGCCAUAGCAAAAGCCUCGAAGUCGGGACACUGGACAUAUGGGGACAAGGCGCACUUCUGCCAGAAACAAGGCUCUGGAAACAACUGGGCAAACGGCUACUGCGUUCACGGCCCUCGUCACCGGGACGCAGUGGAGGACCUCGUCCGCAGGGAGGCGGAACGCUGCGAUCGCCUAGCGGGCAUCUUUGCCAUCAUGAGUGUCGCCGGGGGGACAGGUUCUGGGGUCGGCACCUACGUCACACAGUGUCUGCGAGACAUGUAUCCGCAGUCCUUUAUUCUUAAUCAUCUGACAUGGCCAUAUGCAACAGGGGAGGUGAUCGUGCAGAACUACAACUCGGUGCUCACGCUGUCUCGCCUCUACCACCUGUCCGACGCCCUCGUGGUUCACGAGAAUGACACUGUUCACAAGAUCUGCAGCCAGCUGAUGAACAUCAAGAACAUCUCAAUCAGUGAUAUUAACAGGGUAAUCGCUCACCAGCUGGGUAGCAUUCUGCAGCCUGCAGUCACUACAGACUCGGCCCCUCACUACUGCAGGAAUGCUCUAGGUGACUUGCUGAGCUCCCUGGUGUGUCAUCCAGAAUAUAAAUUGCUGUCCUUGUGUAGCAUCCCACAGAUGUCUCAAACCUCUCUGGCCUACAGUGCUUAUACUUGGCCUGGAUUGCUCAAACAUUUAAGACAGAUGCUUAUUGCCAAUGCCAGAAUGGAAGAAGGUAUUGAUUGGAAAGUGUGUGUUCCACUGUCUGGAGAGGAAAGCACAGCAAACAGACAAAUGUGCUUUAACAGGUCACUCUCUAACCUUCUGAUCCUGAGAGGUAAAGAUGCUUCGAGUGCAGAUACAGGUGGUUUUAAGGAUGCUUCACUUUAUGUGCCAUGGCUUCCACCAGGGGGCACUUUCAACACAUGGAAUUCACCUGUGCCCUUCAAUGGCUAUGAGAAGUCAGCCACUUUAGUCAGCAACAGCCAGUCUCUGCUGAAACCUCUGGAUAAUAUUGUUAGAAAGGCUUGGAAUAUGUUUGCCUCUAGGGCUUAUAUUCAUCAAUAUACCAAAUUUGGAAUUUCAGAAGAGAAUUUCCUUGACAGCUUUGCCAUGUUGGAACAGAUUAUCUCUAGUUACACACACCUCUGAAUCUAGUUUUUCAGAUUUCUUAGGAAUGUUAAUGCCUGUCAUGAAUUCACAUUAGAAAAUAUAAGUCCUUAUUGCAACCUGAAAAGCUCUGUAUAGUGUUUUUUUUUUUAAUUAUAAAGAGAAAACAGCA